AUGCAAAGACGCUAUCGACAGAAAACAAACGGACCAGAAGAACCUAAAGGCGUGAAAAAUCAUUCCAUUGUACAAGCUUGCGGACAACCGGCACUACAAAAUCAUUUCCUACACAUUCAACACUUCGUAAACAACAUGCAAAGACGCUAUCGACAGAAAACAAACGGACCAGAAGAACCUAAAGGCGUGAAAAAUCAUUCCAUUGUACAAGCUUGGACCCGGACAACCGCUUGGUGA